AUGCCCGCAGACAUCCCCGUCAGAGCCGCCAUUGGCCGUGAGGACACCAGCCGAGGGUCUCCGGUCACCAGCUCCGAUGCCAACGAUGAAAGCCCCCGACCACCACUCACUCCCAUCAUCAAUGUCCAGCAGGCGCCCCAUCAACCACCCCGCUCCGCAGCGGUACACAGCCAGUGGACGGACGACGAUGUGAAGCACCUGAAGGAACUAGGCGCGGUAAUCGAGCCAGCCCCAGUCUCAGUGCGCAAGCGCGGCCGCCCUGCCAAACCCAACAACAACAAGAGUUCGACCCCGACUGUAACCUCUUCAGAGGCCGUCAAGCCGAAGAGAAAGUACACUCGGCGCACCCCGCAGGCUGGCGGGACUGCAGCGGUUUUGAAGCCCAAGUCCCAGCCGAACUCCAAAUCCAACACCCCAGCCACCGACCACAGCGACCAACCCUCACAUGCCACCGACCACGGGGAUUCCCAAACCACCAGCCACGACAAUACCCACCACAAUGACAUUAACACGGACGGCACUGCUAUAGCCACCUCCAGGGACGUGUCUGAGCUCAAGCUUCAGAGCUGUAUGAAAGCCCUCACCUGCGGUGGACGCCAGAUGAACCCGACCAAGAUCGUGUGGAUGUCUUCAGCCCAGCUUAAGCAGGAGGACGCGUCGGCCAACCACAUGCUCUGGGCGCUCUACCGCGACGAGCGGCUUUGGGGCAGUCGAGAGGACCGGUUGGCGUACUUGGAGACGUUCUUUGUGGAGGAAGCUCGCGUAUUGGACCAGUUUGGCAUCACCUUUGACAACCCCAUCAUCCCCCGGAUCGUCCUCUUUGGCUGGGGCCAGAACCACGACAAGUGGCACCUCAUGUUCAAGUUCCACCACCUGGAGCAGCUCUACGGCAAGCUUGACGUCAAGGAACACAAUGGCGAGGACUUCAUGCCUACGAUUCGGGCGCGUCUGGAGGAAGGAAGCGUCACGGCGCUCGGUGAGGCAGUUGUCCGUAGCAAGAAGCGCCUGGAAGCCAUCCGCGAUUACUUUGUCACCGAGUCAUACCUGUCCGCAAUGCAGGACGCUUGCCGGGCCCUGUCCGAGCUCUAUCCAUGGGCCUCGUCGUCUCUCAUGUUCUCGGCCGAUGAAGCGUUCGGGUAUCAGAUUGCCUUCAUCAAGGCCGAGCUCUGGAACCUUAUCGCGAUCGGCGCGCUGCGGCAGGGCCACAGGAGUGCAGACCAGUGGUUCUACAUCCAGGCCGGGCAUACCGCCCUAGCGGCGCUGUCCAGUCGUUAUGUGCCGUGCUAUGCCGCGAGGGACGCGCUGAACUGUCUUGCAGACGCUAUCCGCGCUGAAGCUGAACUCUGCGCUCGUCGAGGCGUCCCGGACGAAGCGGGGCUCAUGAGGUAUCACGGGGCUCAGAUGCCCACAUUGUGCAACCUCGCCGCUGAAAACAUUGCCCGCAACUUUGUGGACAGUUCCAGUUGGGCUCAUGAGUACUGCAUUGACCACCAUGUCUGCGUCGAGAGGCGGAUGUAG